CAAGUUUCAAGCUUCUGUUUCAAGCUUCCCUCAUUUGCUUCAGUUUGGGCAGCCAUGAUCUCUUUCAGCAUGAGGAAGUGGAUGGUCCUCGUCGUCCUCCUAAUUCUUCCAGCCGAUGCGGACUGGCGGAACACGGUAAAUAAGGCUGGCGAGCAGAUGAUCUUGUCGGAAAAGAUGACCAAGGAGUUUUGCCUCAUUGCCGCGGGGAAGAACGUUGAGGCAAACAAACAGCUCUUGCUUGCCACGAUCGACACCUUCCAAAAUAUUUUGAAUGCAAUGCUCGAUGGUGAUGAAUCUCAAGGCAUUGUGGAGUGCAACACUCCAGAUGUCCUUGGGGCACUCAAUGACAUUGUCGCUGCAUGGACUCCCUACAAGGCUGUUUUGCUGGAGAACCUGAACACAGCCGCUGAGCAUACAACUAUUCGCCGAGCCGAUGGCUCCACAGACAUGGAAGUGCUCCAGGAAGUCUCGCAACGAGCUCUACCAGUGCACGAUGCAUCGGCUUUGUUGUUGUCGCGGCUGAUGAUCCAAGCAAACGCCGCCUUGAAGUACAUGCCCAGCGUCAUUGAAGAUCUCCUGUUCCGACAGCGAACGAUCAUCCAACGUUUGGCCAAGGGGCUUCUGUUGCUGAGCCAAGGUGUGGAUGUUCUGAAGAAUGCAGAUGAGUUUGGCGACACCAUCAUCCUCUUCGAGACCUCCUUGCGGGGAAUCCUUCGUGGUGUACCAUUCGCAGGCUUGCCAGUGAUGACACAACUUUGCCCCAUGAUCCAGAUGGCGCAAGUCACCCGUUUCUACCAAGACGUCCGGCCCUUGCUGUCGGCGACCCUGAGUGCUGAUGGUGAAAAGGCGAUCCAGGCAGCGGCACUGAUGGUGGUCGAUGAGUCAGUGACGCUCAUGGAGAUUUUGUUCAAUGCCAUGAUGGACGCGGCAAGAUUGAUCAUGGAGAAUGAGAACAACUGUAGGCCGUGGGAAUCGAUGACUGGGAACGAUUGGUUCCGCUUCAUGGAGGCCUUGGUGCGCGAGCGGCUCUUGAUCCAACGCAUCACGCAGGAGGUGAUGCAGGUGGCUGUCCAGG